AACAAAGAUAAAACUCAGUUUAAAUAAUGAACUUGCUCCGAACCCAUUGGACUAAAGUUUUUGUGUACAGUUGUAUAGCUAUAUGCUUUACUUUAUCUGGGUCUCAGGGUCAAAAUAACUUUAUCCCACCUUACUUGAAGACCUGCACCGCCCUGCCUAAUAACGGUGGUAGAUGGAACUGUAUUCCAGAGGCGUUUCCAGGGUUCCCGGUUCAGACGGAUACAUCCUGUGAAUUCUGGUGCAAUGGGAUUAUUUCUGACACCCUUUACAGAUGCGACAAACAUGCACACUGGAAUCAUAAUCCAAACCAAGAAACCUGCCAGGAAACAACAACAAUCAGGCCGUCCUCAACUUCAACUACAACUCCUAUAACUUCUGUAACAACUACAGAAGCAACAACACUUACAACAACAGCAGAUUUAACUACACCCACAACAACAACCUCAUCUACUCCAACCACAACUGAAACAACACCUACUACAACCACAUCUACCACAACUACUACAACAUCUACCACAACUGUAAUAACAACUACGGAAAUGACUUCAACAACAGAAACAACGACCACCACUUUAGAUAAUCAAGAGUUGGAUCAGUGUCCGUUCACCUUGAAUGAAGAAAGAAAGUCCCGAAGCCUGUAUUGUCCUCAAUCUUAUUGUCCGGCUGUGAAAAUUGUAAGUAGAGGGGGAGCAGCUAAAGAAUAUCCUAACCUAAUGGGUUGCUACAACUACGAAGGAAGCUUGAUGGGUGAUGAAUAUCCUAAUUAUGUGAAUAAAGGGAAUGUAUUCCUAACCCCGCACUCUCAUAGUAAUCCUGUAAUUGGCUACACUAUAUGGUUAGUUAGUACCAAAGUUCUUGACACUACAGGAUAUAUCAGGAAUAACAAGCAUGAUGACCUCUACUGCCCCUAUGAUAUGCUGGACGGCUGGGAAUACCUGGACAAGGCUGGGAACUGGGUAGAAGAUGAAACCUUGAAGGUUGAAUGUGUUCAUGGUUCUUACUAACAAGAAAUAUUGAGAAAAUAAGUUCAAUUAGAAACAAAUUAAAUAUAUAUUUUUUAAAUAACAAAAUAUCUUUUAUAUUUGCAAUUGCGUACAUUUAUUUACAAUCCAAUGCAAAAUACAAUAUACAUAUUUGG